AAACUCACAAGAAAACUAUUAUAUGUUUUUCUUCUUCUUCAAUAUAGCUUCUUGGAUUCCCAACUCCAAUCCCAAAAGGAAAGAAAACCCACAACAAAUUGCUCAACUCCUUCCAUUGUUUCUUAUGCCUCUGGUUUUACUUUGAAGAUGGUCCAAAGAAAGGUGGCCAGCAAGCUGCUAAUUGGCAUCCAAGCUGUUGAUGGUGUCAAUAAUAAAUCUGACAAGCAUAGACCACCUUCUCCUCAUCAUCAGCAGGAUGGCAAGAACAGGGGAGCUGACCUGAAAAAGAAGAAAAUGAAGAAAUCAAGAUCAUUCAAGCGUUGUUCCGAUUUUGAGAGCUUAAGAUCAUCACCUACUUUCAGAAGAGAAAUACCACAACCAGGAAAGCCACCACCACCACCACCACCUCUUGAUGUUCCAGCACAGAAGCAAUCUGCUGCUAUCAAAGGCUCCUUGGAUGGAUCGCCAAAUUACAUGAAGUCCACAAGCAGUUUUGAUGCCAGGAGAGAACAGCAGCAGCAGCAGCAGCAGCGCACUCAUCAUCAGGUAAGUUCCCAGAAGUCUCAAUCUCCUAAUAAAAGCCCCAAAAAGAUUACUCCAAACUCCUCCUCCUCCUCCUCCUCCUCCAAACUUAGCUCAGUUUCUUCUGGGCAUAAGCUGCCAAAAACAUUAUCCAGGACAUCUAGUUUGAAACUGGUCAGGACUUUAAUAAAGACUCCCAGUUUCAAACCAGCAAGGGCUUCCACAAGAAAGUGUUCACAGGCUGUUCUUUGUGAAAAUCUACAAGUAGAGAGAUCAACAUGCUCUUCAACUUUAAAGGAUUCCAAGUUCCCCAAUUACCUUGAUCUCAGUCCUGGGGCAACUGAAUCACAAGGGACCUCAGUCAUGAAGGUCUGCCCAUACACAUACUGUUCUCUUAAUGGUCAUCACCAUGCUCCUUUGCCUCCACUUAAGUGCUUCUUAUCGGCAAGGAGACAUAUGUUGAAGACCCAGAAGAGAAUGAAAAAAUUGGGAUGUCUAUCCCCACGGCCACGUCGAGCUAGGCCAUCCUCUGAUACCCGUGGUGGGGCGAAAGAGAUUCCCGAGCAUAUUACACUUGAUGUGAAACCUUCAAUUCAAGAAGAACUUGAUUCAAAUAGCCCAACAAUCCAUCCUCUGAUACAAGAGGAUGAUCAAAUGGAUUACUUUAUUGAAAUCUAUGCUAGAGAUACAGAAGACGCUGCUGAAACUACUGGUGGAAGAAGCAAACAAAAAGGGGAAGACAAGGAUGAAACCAACGAAACAGCAGCAGAACAUGAUGGCGGAGGACAAGUUGAGAUGUUCUCAGAUGAGGCACCUCUUCAUUCUGAGAUUGAUUUUGAGGACAAUCUUUAUAACACAAGUGAACUCAUUUCAACAGGAAUGGAAGCAGCAGAGGAAGUACGUUCGCCUUUUUCCACUCAAGAAGAGGAAGAAUCACCAGAGUAUCCGACCAAUCAGAGUGACUUCAAAAUGGAAAGCCCAGCAAGCACUGAACUCGAUGAAACAGAGUCUGAAAUUUGUGAUAUGGAAUGGGAGGAGGGCCAAUACUCUGCCCCAUCUCUGAAUGAUGAAGUUGCAAACUCAACUCAAACAAACAAUGAAUAUAAUUUUAGUAGUUAUUCUUCAUUUGGUGCUAAUAAUUCUAGUUUGCAUGACGAACCCAUUUUCAAGUCUGCCGAAAUUGUUAGCAGCUACUUUGAUGAUGUUUCUGGUGAUGAAGGCCCAAAAGAAUUCCUUGAGGAAGAAGGUGCAAGCUCUGGAGGUGGGUGCGGUAACAGCAGUUCUGUUUCUGAGGGUUCAUAUCAGCAUUUGGGAGCCGAUAAAUCGAUGCAAGAGUUCAAUAACCAAAACUACCUAGUUUCUUCUACUUAUGAUGUGUUCAGGGAAUCAACCAUAGAAGAAAGAGAUGGAAAUGCUGAGUUAUACGACACUGCGAUCACUUUGUCACCCAUUGAAGAGCCAAUUGAGAAACCAAGUGCUUUGCUGGGGAACCAAGAGUGUGAUUCUUGUCAUGAUUUCACUGAACCAGGUCAUGAUGAAACACAUGAGGAUUACAGUUCCAGUGACAACAACACUGAAGUUUACCAAUCCAAUGCUGUUAGAGAAGAGGCAUUUGUUGGAAGCCUUCUACCCAAGACCGAGGGUCCAGAAAUGAACCAGAGCCUAGAAAAGGAACUCCCUACUGCUGAUGCUGGAGAUCGAACAAAAGAAGAAAACGAAGAGGAAGAGCAAGAGGGUGCAGCCAAAUCACUGAUUAGAAUCCCAACUUCUGAAAUGCUGCAGGGUUUAUCUGAAGAUCAUCAGGAUAUGACUAAGCAAGAUGAUAAUGAAAUCCAAUUUGGUGUCAUAGCCGAAGAUGGUGAAGCAAAUCAAACUAUUGUAGAUGAAGGGCUGCCUGCUGAAACCCUGGUUCAUUCAUCUGCUAGGGAGUCUCAGACCAACAACAAUGUUGAAGACCAGAACCACCCAGACCAUGAAGCUCAGAGCUUCAAAAUCUCAGAUUCCAUAGAUUCAGAAGAUCAAAUUCAUUGGGAGCUCAAUAAAGUCAGUGUAGCCAAAAAUAGCAGCGAAGAUGAUAAUGAAAUGGAAGUGGAGCAUUCAACCAUGUCAGAUCCAAAAGAAAGCUUCCCAUCAUCAAAAAAAGCAGCCAGCAAACAAGCAAAAGUCGCAUUCUUCCACGGCAGAAACCAUUCGAGUCAAAAACUGCCCAAGGACCCUAUCAAUAAUCUGAGGAUAAUCAGAUGCAAAAGGCCUGUUGAGGAGUCGGAGGAAGCAAGGAAGUUCAACCCACGGGAACCAAAUUACUUGCCCAUUGAGGCUGACCCAGAAGCCGAAAAGGUUGAUCUCAGGCAUCAAAUGGUGGAUGAAAAGAAAAAUUCAGAAGAAUGGAUGCUUGAUUAUGCACUACGACAGGCUGUUACCAAACUUGCCCCUGCACGGAAGAGGAAAGUGUCAUUACUUGUGGAAGCUUUUGAGAAAGUCAUGCCGAUACCCAAAUAUGAAUCCCAUCUAAAGCAUACAUCAGCAGCUUUUGCUCAUGCAAGAUCCAUUCAAGCUUGUAGCUGAUGGUGACCACUGCGCAGGCAUGAUCUAGAGAAGUCAGUGAGUCAUAAUCUAUAACUACUCAAGUAAUCUCAAAAAUACCGGGCCAGUUCAAGCAAUAGCCCAUGUUUUAGGAGUGAACUUCCAAGUACCCAGAACAACUUACUUCAGCUUUCUUCAGAGUAUUCUGGUUUCUCCAAGCUCUAUUGUUGAAGUGCAAGUUAAGAACUUUCAGUUAACGUUUUAUGUAAUGCAAAUAAAAAUGUUGUGUUCAGAUUCUCUAUAAAAACAGUAUCUAUCUAUGAUCUAUCUAUCCGUUCUUGUUGUAAAGGGCACCUACACCUCUAGAUAUUGGUGUACUACAGUUAAUGUUUGUUAUGUACUAUAUGCAUUAGAGUCUAUUCUGAUAUGCAAUUAUUUUUCCAAUA